AUGGCUGCAGCUGUUGUGUUUGAUGCUGUCGCGCGACAAGCUACGGACAACGUGACGUCCGUGCUCUCGCAGGCAAUCACCUGGCCCCGCGCCGCAAAGGCCCGAAGCGAGAUUCUGGAAUAUUUCGAGGCGGCGUCCGUUGCUGGUCAUCAGCCUGUGUUCCAGGGAGUAGAGGUUGGGCAGGCUGAGCUGCGCCUGCUCAAUGGCUGCUCCUUGCUGCUAGGAAAGCAGCAAGCUGUGAAGCAAGUUAACAGUGGCGUGAGGGACCAUGAAUGCUUGGAAGGACUCAUGCCUGCUGGGGCAGCUGCAAGGGACCCAUCCACCGGUGUGGCAACGAGUCAUCCUGACCUUGGCCUUGGAGCAGUGAGGCCGCAGCUCGGGAUGAUGCGUGACGUGGGCUUCCUUGCGCAGUCCCGGAACUCGGAAUUGCCGUGCCUGCAGAAGCCCCGCUGCAGGGAUUUUGAAGCUAUGUUUGGGUACGCUCUUCGAGGCUUCUCUCCCGGAGCGGUGCCUUACCGUGGAUUCUGUGGGGGCCUCUUCAUGGCCAAUGGCACUACAGGACCUCUGAUCAUGGCACCUUGCCUGUAG